AUGGAUCGCAACAACAAGGAUGCCGUCUUCGAGAAGAAAAGAAGCAUCGCAAGCAAGCGCAGGCCUUCCAUGUCGCCGCCAGAAGAUUCCACAGCGGCAUCGCCAGCAUCAGCACCGACGACAUCACCCUACUUCAAGCUGAAGCGUCGCCGUGCAGCACCAACAUCAUCAACAUCGACAAGUACUUCGCCCGCGCCAGCGCCCGCACCCACCACACCUCUCGCCGGAUCCAAGCGCAAGGCCAGCACCUCGACCACUCCCUCUUCCCGCCCCAACUCCACUCCAAAAAGCAGCACUCAUCGAUCACGUAUCCCGCACGACCCGAUCAACAUCUCCGUCUACGAGCUACGGAAGGAAGGCCUAGGCUGGGACGAGAUCACGCACCAGACGAACGCUUCGUGUGGUUUGACCGGCGUCCAUGAGUUGACUGGGCCGGCUUGCUAUAGUCGCUUCACUCGCAACGGGCCGCUGGUGGCUAAGGAUAGGGGUGAAGAGUACCAGAGGGGCUGGUACAUGAACAUGAAGGGUCCGGUUGCUUUCGAAGACCGGGAGGAGGGAGGUGAGGACCAAGCGGACGAUGGCAUGGGGAGCGAGGGGCCGAGUGGCGAGCAGAACAGUACUUUGGAAGGAGAAGAAGACGUCAUGGUUAGGUCCGAGUAUGCGAAGGCGGCGUUCUGGAAAACCUUGCUGCACAGCGCCAAUGCCGGAGUCUCCGAUACGAAUAGGUUGUCCGAGGAGAACAUCAAGGGGAUGGUGCGAGUGCUGGUGUAG